AUGGCUUCCAAACUACCGCCAGUUCGAUUUGUGAGAACGGUCAUGAAAUCAUUCAUGGCCGAGUCUGGCUUGGAGCCUAGAUUACUAGGACCUUCUUUACGGAUUACAAACGCCGUACAUGGCAAGGUUGACUUCGAGUUGGAUAUCGCAAAAGACCACACAAAUCGGCUCAAGAUCCUACACGGGGGAACAAUCGCAAGCAUGGUGGACCUGGGUGGUUCCCUUGCCGUUGCCUCAACCGGGCUCUAUGCGACAGGAGUCUCGACGGACCUGAGCGUUACAUACUUGAGCAGUGGCGGCAAAGUUGGCGACAAAAUCUCAGCGACUGCUGUAUGCGAUAAGAUUGGAAAGACAUUGGCAUACACAUCAAUCACAUUCAAGAACAGCCAAGGCGAACUUGCUGCGAGGGGAAGCCAUACCAAAUACGUCACACAAGCUGUGAAGGCCCAGGAGAGCCCUUUCGUUCUACCGAAAGGAGUCGAAGCCGAUGAAGAGAAAUAA